AUGGUCGACUUUAAUCUCCAAGAGGAGAGUCAGCAGCUCACAGACCCCUCGACGUACAAUUUUGAUGAUGAGAUUGACCUUGCAAACAUGGACGACGGCGAAGCAACCAAUCUACUUGAAGAUGCCAUUGUUUCGCUCGCAUCCUCAUCCGACGCGAUCACAAACUCGGGAAACCCUGCACCGUUUGCAGUCUUCCGAUCAGCCCUCAAACACGUAGACUCGCUCCCUCAAAAUACUGUACCCAAGAUACUCGACUCAUUGCUCAGUGCUAUGGCCACCGAACUCGAGGCUACCAUCCGAGAUGUGAAUCCGGGAGGAGAGAGUGCAGAUGUCGAUCCAUCAACUAUCAACGCGCACAAGCACGCUUUGGAAAUGUAUGCGUUUCUUCUGUUAUGGACUGUGGGUGUUGGUGAAAAGGUUGGUGGAGGCGACGAUGAAGGUGGCGGAGCCCCCAGCAAAGGGAAACGCACGACAAAGAGUACCAAAUCUGCUACCGCCACCAAGUCUAAGAAGAAGGCGAGCGCGUGGGUAUGGAUCGACCAGAUCCCCUCCGUCCUCUCGUUGCUCAGCAAGCUCCUCAAGAGCCUCCCAACCUCGAGAAUAUGGACUAGCACGGCAGAAAGGGACGGAUUCAUUGGAGUCGUCACACGGCCAGCAUACCAGAUUGCAGAAUCUGAGAUUUUUAUGAAAGUCGAAAAGAUUAGGCUCGGCGUUUACAAAGUCAUCUGCGUCGCAGUCAAAAGUCAUGGACAUGGUUUCGCCUUCCAGAUCUCACUUCUUCAAUGCCUGCAGUAUUUCGAGCAUUUAUCGGAACCAAUGGCAGAGAUUCUCGAUGUUCUUGAUAAGGAAUUUGAUGUCUCUGGUGUCGGCGACGAGGUCCUUCGAGAGAUAUCCCAGAAAACUUUCCCAGCGGUAGACACUAAAGGUCCCCGGACAUAUGGGAAGUUCCUAGUUCAUCUGGCAGAGCUCUCGCCGAAGAUUGUGCUCAAACAAAUGAGUCUAUUACUUGAUCAUGUUGAUAGCGAGGCAUACCCUAUGCGCGUAGCUAUGGUUGAUAUCAUUGGCCAUCUGAUCAAAUACCUCGCCAGUGCCGAUCAGAUCGAGAAGAGGGAGAAAAAGAUCAACUCGUUAUUCGAAAUGCUUGGAGAGAGAUUUCUGGAUGUCAGCAGCUAUGUUCGAGUCAAAGUUCUCCAAGUGUUGUCCAGGAUAUGGGAUCUCCCACAAAAGUUUCCGAAACAACGAUUGAUCAUGACGGAGCAUGCUAUUUCAUCCCUUCAUGACAAGACCCCCUCCGUACGGCGAGCAUCCAUUGCAUUGCUCACCAAACUCAUUAUAACUCAUCCGUAUGGCAUUAUGCAUGGCGGUGAACUCCGUCAUGCGGAUUGGGAGCAGCGAUAUGAAGAAGUCACGAAGGAGCUCGAAAAGCUGGAAAGCCGGCCAGUCGACGAAUCUGGUCUUCCAGUUGAAGGUGAAGAGGAAAGUAGUGAAGAAGAGAGCGACGACGGCAGCGACGAUGAGAGUCUCGUGAAGGCUCCAGGAAUUGCGAUGGAAGAGGACGCGUCACUCGCAGGAGAAGUCAGCGUACGCACCAAGAGUUCAAAGAGUAAGAAGAGCUCAAAGAGUUCAAAGAGCAAUCGUACAAAGAGCUCCAAAGUGUCCAGGUCAGAAGGCGACGUCUCGAUGGGAGACGAUUAUGUUGGACCUCCUGUAACCGAUGAUGAAGAGGAUGGUGCUGAGACUGCAGUGGAUGAGACCAACGAGGUAGUGGACGAUGCUCCGGAGGCCAAUAAUUAUGACGACGAAGAAGAGGAAGAAGCUGUCAUGAAUCUCGUUGAGGAAGAGAUGGACGAAGACGGGGACCCUGUCGCUUCAACCCCGAACAAACGCUCUUCUGUAUCGAAGACGCCUGUGAAGAAAAAGUAUCCAAAAGGUCGAAAGCCUAAAGAUGCCGAGGGUGAAGAAGGAACUGUGGAGUCAACACCUCUCAAGCCUCGGAAGAAGAAGAAGCCUCGCAAGUCGGAACAAGUGAAUCUUCACGCCGUUUCUCAACAACAAGUGCUUGUCGCGGAGAUGGAGGGGACUCAACUCGUCCACCUUCGUCUCAAAAAGCGAUAUUACGCCGAGGCCCUCGACUUUAUUCGUUGGUUGGAGCAAGGUAGCGAUACACUCUGCGACCUACUUGGAAGUACCCACAAGACGGAGGUAUUGGAGGCCAUGGAGUAUUUCCGCGUAAGCUAUGAAUACGGGAUGGAGAGUGCACAGGUCGGGCUAAAGAAGAUGCUUCAUCUAAUUUGGUCCAAAGACAAUGCGUCGACCAGCGAAGAUGGCAAAGAGCUCAAAGGAAUUCGAGCCAAGCUCUUGGAAUGCUAUCGAACAAUCUAUUUCGAUCCAGUGCCAGAUCUGGAACCGCGUCAACAAGUGAAUCGAAUCACGAAGAAUAUGAUUGAACUUACUUUCAAUGCUACCGUCGCAGAGCUCACCUCCUUGGAGGAGAUGUUACGUGCAAUGAUGGACGAUGGUCAGAUCCCCCCAGAAGUCACCAAACGACUUUGGCAAGUUUACAGUGCGGAAAAGGAGAUUCCAAAAGCGCAGAGACGCGGGGCUAUAAUUGUACUUGGGAUGAUUGCUGCGGCAAAGAAGCAAAUCGUCACGGAACGAGUUGAUACGCUUAUCCGUGUGGGCUUGGGAAAGAGAGGAAAGGCCGACCUCGUUCUCGCGAGAUACACCUGCAUUGCUCUGCAGAGAGUCAGCGGAAGUGUCAAGAAAGUUAAAGGAUCUCUUGAUGAUAAAUCCGUUCGUCUCGGUAUGGAUACUCCUGUAUUCAGCAAGUUGCAGGAGAUGAUCGAACUCCCCGCACGGUCUAAUGACUGGUUUGGCAUGGCCGAGCAAGCAAUCAACACAAUUUACGUACUCGGAGAGCAACCAGACGUUAUUUGUGAUGCUAUCAUCAAGAACCUCGCAGCUCGGGUUUUUGAUGCUCCUCGCUCUGCACCAAAGUCCGAGGAAGAAUCAUCCAAGGAAGACGAUAUGGAAGUUGAAGAGACUGCCACCACCAUUGGUGCACCAUCUAGCGACAUGGGGGACGCGUUCACUCUCGCACAGCUCGUAUUCGUGGUGGGCCAUGUGGCAAUCAAGCAUCUAGUAUACCUCGAGCUCAUCGAACGCGAGCUGAAACGGCGGAAGGAUGUUGCUGCCAAGGCGAAACCGACGAGCACGAGCGGGCCAGUGCCCUCCAAAGAUGGUGAAGAACUCGAUCAAGUUGCAGGCAAUGCCGAAGACGAGAUUGGUGAUCUGAUAGCAAGUGUUCGUGAGGAUGAGAUGAUGUUUAGUCCGAACUCGCUUUUGGCGACGUUCGGUCCGAUGAUCGCUCACAUUUGUCUAAAUCCCGCAAUGUUCAAGCAUUCCGUCCUGCGCACCAGUGCGGCGCUUUCAUUGAGCAAACUCAUGUGUAUCAGCUCCAAGUUCUGCGAGGAGAACCUGUUAUUGCUACUCCGAAUGCUUGAAACGUCUCGGGAUCCCAAUAUCCGCAGCAACAUUGUGAUUGCACUCGGAGAUAUCGCAGUUUGCUUCAGCACGCUAAUCGACGAGAACAGCGAUCGACUCUACAAGGGACUCUCCGACUCGGAUUUGACCGUCAAGAAGAAUACAUUGAUGGUGCUCACCCAUCUGAUUCUCAACGGGAUGGUCAAGGUCAAGGGACAAUUAGGAGAGAUGGCCAAAUGCCUCGAAGACGAGGAUCGUCGAGUGUCCGACCUUGCCAAGCUCUUCUUCACAGAGCUAUCCACGAAGGAUAAUGCCAUUUACAACAACAUCCAAGACGUCAUCAGCCACUUGUCAGUUGGACCUCAUGCAGUAGACGAAGACGUGUUCCAGAGCACAAUGAAGUACAUCUUUAAUUUCAUUGAAAAGGAAAAGCAAGCGGAGAAUUUGGUGGAGAAAUUGUGUCAACGCUUCCGCGAUACAACAAACGAGAAACAAUGGCGGAACAUCUCAUUCUGUCUCUCAUUGCUCCCUUUCAAAUCAGAACGCUCGUUGAAGAAGCUCAUUGAAGCUCUUCCAUUCUAUCAAGAUAAACUCAGAGAGGAGGCCGUAUUUGACCGGUUCACGGAGAUUCUACAAAAGGCCCGAGCGAACAAGUCGGCGAACAAGCCGGAUAAUGAGAUGAAAGAGUUUGAAAAGAUCCUCAACGACUUUAAAGAGCAAGGGCAAGAAGAUCAUGCUCUAGAGAAACGAGUUGAAGUGAAAAAGGCUGCGGCCAAGCGCAAAGCGACUCGAAGAGCUGCCCGAAAGUAG